AUGAAUGAGGCGAACGAACCUAGGCGACGUCGGCGGCAUAGAAUCGAUGCGCCCCAAGCCCAAGCAGUCACAACAUUGAAGCCUCCAGCCGCGGGCGCAUUCAGAGGCACCCCGACUACUCAAUGGUCCGAAUGGGUUCUCCAUGCCUCGUCAUCGUACUACUACCGAGCGCGUUACAUCUCCUACGAUGAGAUGCUGAGGGUGAUACCCGACGGUAGAAACUCAAUCGUCUCGGACAAUGUCGGCGGACACAUCCACUACCAGUUCAUGGGCCUCAACGACGCCGCGAUGCGCAAUCACUACACCACACCAACACAGACUCCAGAGCUGUCGACGUGCUCGGGGACUACACCAACGACCGCAGAGCCCUCGCCGUUCCAGCCGCUCCCGAGGAUCCAUCACAAGGAGCGCGACUACAUCUCAGGGCCGCCUGCUAUUGAAGACCGCAAGAUGUUGAUGAGCGGCGCGCUAUUACCGCCCAAGCCUGACAAUACGUACGGAAAAGCGCUCGUGGCGUCGAAACCAAGAAUAUCAAGACGCAAGCACCACCAACAACAGCAGCAGCAUCAUCAACAACAAGCUGCAGUGCCAAAGAAGAAGGAGAGGAAGAAGUUGGAGGUGGACAAGAGGCAGAUGAAUUCGAAUGUCAAGUUGACGGAACACUCUUCUCGGACCGGAUCAACAUUUCCCCACCUACCGCUCCCUCAACCACCAAGCCUCGCCAAUUUUCACGAUAUCCCCAAGCUCCAGCUUCAGCCUGGGCCUCCUCAGCUACACGAACUCGAACGAAACCACACCUCCACCGCAACCAUGACGUCCACAAUCGGUAUCCCUAUCAAGCUUCUCAAUGAGGCACAGGGCCACAUCGUUACUCUCGAAAUCACCUCUGGCCAGACCUACCGCGGCAAGCUCCUCGAUGCCGAGGACAACAUGAACGUCCAGCUCAAGGACAUCACCGUCACCGCCCGCGACGGCCGCGUCUCCCACCUCGACCAGGUCUACAUCCGGGGCUCCCACGUGCGCUUCUUCAUCGUCCCCGACAUGCUCCGCAACGCGCCCAUGUUCCGCAGCCGAAACGUCCGUGGUCGUGGUGUUGGUCUCGCCCGAGGUCGCGCGACCGUCAGCCGUGCGCGCGCAGGCGGUCGAGGACGGUAG